ACAAGUAAACACUAGAUUUAAUGUUAAUUUCAAUAUUGCUGUUUCUUUGUAAUUAUUAAUGAAAUUUAAGAGCAUUUUUUUGAGUGUAAAUCCUUUGUGUAAUUGUGCAUCUAGUGUUUUUAUUGGUUGAGAAAUGCACCAUUUUAUCCAUCCUAGGUGAGUGUGAUGAGGGCAGCAUGGUCUGGUCUUCUGUUUUUGUUGGUUUUGGCCACCUUAAAGAUUGUACAUUUGGGAAAUAAAAUGGGUUGUCCAACUAAAUCAUGCAAUCACCAUCCUAAUCCAACAAUUGGCUUAUUUUUUCCUUAUAUUCACUAAGGGUUUUCCCUGUCAUUGGACUCUGCUCCCUGUGGCUAUUUCAAGGACAACUCAUCGAUUUUGGACGUUUGCCUUCUCCCCAUUCUUGAUGAAUUGGGGGUUGAUUUGGCAGAUGUUAUUGAGACGCAGUGGUGUCCUCGUGAUUCCCGGGCAGCCAUCUUUGGAGGCUGGGAAGGGAGGGAAACCUCAGCGGCAGCCCAUGUCACAUGAUGCUGUUGCCAUGGCGUUGGGAUGUUGGUGUAAUUGGUGUUUGAAUGUAGACAGAGAGGCAGAAAAAAAGUGACAGAGUCAUGGGGGGGGGGUGUUGAUGUCAUCAAUAAAAAAGACAAAGACAGGCAAUUAUCCAAUUCUCCUCUACCACCAUACUCUAUGGUAAAAAUAGCACAGCGCACCAUGUGGAAUCUCAUGCAUUAUGGGAGUGCAAUAAAGAAAGCUGACCAAGCCUGAAAGCACCCAGACUCAUGUAACCCUCCCAGCUUUGCAAAGGCUUAAAGUUAUUCUCAAUUAAGAAUCCCUUAAAGUCGAUGAAUUGUGCCCAAAAUGCCAAGAGCAUCCUUAGAUCUCCCCGAAUUUCUGUUCUUCUUUACGUGUCUUUUUCUUCUCGCGCUUUCCCUGCAUAACAAAGCAGGGGCUCCCCCCUCCUCUGCCAUCUCUAUGUCAAAUCUUAUGUGCCUGUGGAGCGUGUUGCUGGGGCUGACAGACUCGAGACUGGGGGAGAGACGCGUGAGGGAGGGGGCGAAGCGAAAGGAGAGAGAGAAAGGCAGAGCAAGAUGAUGAGAGAGCGCGAGCGUACUGCAGCAGCGGAGCGGCACUAAUCCAGCAGAGGAAGACCCCCCUCCAGCCAGAUGAGCAUCCCAGCAUUUUUUUUCCACAUCCUUCCCUCCCUCUGCUCCACUGCUCCUUCAUCUCCUCCAUAAUUCAUUGGCACUUCCAGACCCUCCGCUUCGUUUCCAGCUCCGGCCACCACUCUCUGGAUCAUCCUCCAUCCCUUGACGGGUGUUCCCAUCCGUUGUCGGCCCCCGCUCGUAUCUACAGCCAUGGACAGUCAAGCGCAGAGCGAUUCGGACGAUAGCUGCCGUGAAGACGGCUUCUGUCUGCUUUUUGGCUACUAAUCCAUACCAAGCAGAGUAGGAGAGGAGAGAAGAGGGGAUUUUUCGUUUUUCCCAAACAGAAGAAUCCCUUUCGUCUGCCUCUCUCUGGCUCUUUUCCUUCGUGGUAUAGGAGUGCACUGUUGUGGAUUUCGGGAGAUUAAAUACAAUCCAAAAUGCCUGAGGCCAAUUACCUUCUCUCUGUAUCCUGGGGUUACAUUAAGUUCAAGAGAAUGUUGAACAGGGAGCUGACGCACCUCUCUGAGAUGAGCAGAUCUGGCAAUCAGGUGUCAGAGUUCAUCUCCAACACCUUCCUAGACAAACAGAAUGAGGUGGAGAUUCCCUCGCCUACUCCUAAAGCCCGCGAGAAGAAGAAAAAACAGUUGAUGACUCAGAUCAGUGGUGUGAAGAAAGUGUCCCACGGUCCCAGCCUCAACUGCGGCAGCGCUCGCUUCGGCGUCAAAACUGACAAAGAGGAUUUACUGUCAAAGGAAUUAGAAGACCUCAACAAAUGGGGCCUGAACAUCUUUACGGUUUCAGAGUAUUCUUACAACCGGCCUCUCACUUGCAUUAUGUACGCCAUCUUCCAGGAACGUGACUUGCUUAAGACAUUUAAGAUCCCGGCAGAUACUUUUGUGACGUAUAUGAUGACCCUUGAAGAUCAUUACCACCAAGAUGUGGCCUAUCAUAACAGCCUUCAUGCUGCUGAUGUGGCCCAGUCAACUCACAUUCUGCUGUCCACACCUGCACUAGAUGCUGUCUUCACUGAUCUUGAGAUCCUGGCAGCCAUUUUUGCAGCAGCUAUUCAUGAUGUGGACCAUCCUGGAGUUUCCAACCAGUUCCUCAUCAAUACAAACUCCGAGUUGGCGCUCAUGUAUAACGAUGAGUCCGUUUUGGAGAAUCACCACUUAGCGGUGGGCUUUAAACUUCUCCAGGAGGACAACUGCGACAUCUUCCAGAACCUCACUAAGAAACAGAGGCAGUCACUCCGAAAGAUGGUCAUCGACAUGGUACUGGCCACAGACAUGUCUAAGCACAUGAGCUUACUGGCCGAUCUGAAGACCAUGGUAGAGACGAAGAAAGUGACAAGCUCAGGAGUUUUACUUCUGGACAACUACACAGACAGGAUACAGGUUUUGCGGAACAUGGUUCACUGCGCCGAUCUGAGCAAUCCCACCAAGUCUCUAGAGUUGUACCGCCAGUGGACUGACCGCAUCAUGGAUGAGUUCUUUCACCAGGGUGACAGAGAAAGGGAGCGUGGCAUGGAGAUCAGCCCCAUGUGUGACAAACACACUGCCUCGGUGGAGAAAUCCCAGGUGGGUUUCAUUGACUACAUCGUUCACCCGCUGUGGGAAACCUGGGCUGACUUGGUGCAUCCAGAUGCCCAGGAUAUCCUGGACACGCUGGAGGAUAAUCGGAACUGGUACCAGAGCAUGAUCCCCCAGAGCCCUUCCCCACCGUUCUACCAGUCCGACAAAGAAGGCAACGGAGGGGGUUCAGGGCCGGACAAGUUCCAGUUUGAGCUCACGCUAGAGGAAGAGGACUCAGAAGGCACGGAAAAAGACGAACAGAGUCAAGGUGACGAGGAAGAGGAAGUGGAAGAUGAAGACAGAGGGGAAUUAAUGGAGUCCACCACACACAUCCAGAUAGUUACCGAAGACGCAUCACCUGUCGACACAUAGGACUCGGCGUCUCUUAAUAUAUGGUAGUUGUUUUUUCCCUUGCGAGAGGAGCAAUCUUGCAGUUGAUGCUUUUUAAAAAGCCCACAUGGGGUGCUUUUUAGGCCCUCAUGGGAGGAGGAUGUCUUGCCCUCCUUGCACUUAGGUUUGGAGACAGUUGGUAGGAGCUCUCAGGAAAUAAAUGCUGCAGACAUUUUGGACCUGAACAUUUGACAGGCGACUUUGAUAAACAUGAAGGACUGGGGCCAAGGUGGAUAGUUUGUUUGUUUGUUCAUUUACCUGCCGGUGAGGAGUAGACACUACUGAGAGGAUUUCUCUUCUUUUUUUUUUUUUGUACCAACACAAACUUUUUGUAAAGCUAUGGGUAUGUGUUGAGGUCAAAGAUGAACUACUGAAGAACAAGUAUUUGUAAAGAGAGAAACUGUUUACUUUUCUGUACCAUUUGUCUAAAGACUGUGUGCCUUUUUACUAUUGUCUUUUUAUCAGUCUUUUAUUUAUUGAAAACGUUUUAGUAUAACUGUACGUUGAAAUGUUUUCGUUUUCUAAAGCAAAACCAGACCGAACAUGCAGAAUUGUUUUAUAUCUACGCUGGAGAGAAAACUUAGUGUCUUCCUUUAUUUGGCAAUAUAACUUAAUAAUCCAAACAUCUGACAAACGAUCAGAAAACUAAGAAAUGAUGACAGAGGCACUUUCUGUUUAUUCUAUCUACAUUUGUAUCAGACUUUUUAAAGAUGAGCACAAAUUCUGUUUAUUUGGAUCCGUACAUCAUCCCAUCCACAUUAGGGUAAAAAAAAACCUGUUAGGUAAAUGCAUUGUUGCACAGAUUUUUAAAAAUGCCCUUAAAUAUGAAGACCCCAUUCGCUUAGAUCGUAAAACAAAAUACAAGCACCCCUCAAAAAAAAAUCCAAUAACCAGGGGUCUCGUAAUUUACUAAAAUCAAAGGGGAAGCCAAAGCUAUAUUCACAUAAAUGUUAUUUGACAAAGUCUUCCUUAAAGCAUUAAUUUUUCAUUCUUCCCAUCAUACCUCAGAAAGCAGUCUAUACUAGCUUUUGUAGCUUUUCUACACACUUUGAUACAGAACAUUUCCUCAUUUAUCUUCUAAAUAAAACAUCUUCUCUUAUGAUUGGCUCACUUUUAUAACAGAUAAACACAUUGACGUCAACCGAUUUCCUUCCCCAUCUCGUAGAACGCCAAGAUAUGAUUAAAAACAUUUGAAACAUCCCACUUACAUCUGCUCUAGUACUUCAACGAUUAUACUUGUCAGAUUUCAACAUGCCAGUUUUGUAAUGAAUCUAUUGAUGUUAGCAUUGUUGUCUCAUGCAUUUUGUCACCAAUAACGUUUCAGUUUGUGUGUAGUUCAUACUUUGAGGUACUUUUACUACCUUACACUCAAAGUCUCAACAGUGGCAACAGUUAAUGGCCAAAGUAGCAUGCAAAUGUACAUUUAUGCACACAUAUAUAUAUAUAUAUGUGUCUACACAUUACUGUGUUUGUGUGUGUAAGCAACCGUCAGGUCGCUUGAUCACCAGCCCACACUUUUCAUGACUCCUUCCAUUCACCUUGUUUCUAUGCGCUCAGAUUGGUCCUCUACUGUUUAUAACAGUGUAUUUAUUAUCGUUAACUGUACAUAGGAAAUAAUGUUUCUUUGUAAAUGGAUUAAUUUAUAUGCACUUGCAUUACCGAAAAUUGGUGGUGUUUCUUGUGUAGUGGGCUCUUGGACUGAGUCUGUUUUAUUUCGUAAUAUUGUUUGUUUUAAUAUAAAUAAAUAUAUUAUAUAUACUAUGUAUGAAUAUAUUGCACAAUUUUCAACUGCCCAGAACAGUAGCCUAUGAGACACGCGACCCAUUGGUAACGGGGAGAGUCUGUAGAUAAGACAUAAAUGCAUACUGUAGACAUCUGUCAGAUAUUAGAAGCUUUGUGUAUCACUGUUUGCUGUAACAUCAAUAAAUCAGUAUCUCACAAGAUUCUCCACAGAAAAUGGCCCUCAAAUAUAUACAACAUUUUGGAUGAGGAUUGCUAAAAAUGGCUCAGAAGUGGCCUGUAAUGCACAUUUACAGGAGAUUAAUUGGUCACCAACAUCACAAUCUGUGAACAACAAUGUGAAAUCCAUAUAAUUACGAAAAUGUGACCUUCUGUAAUUAUUUGUGCUGAUGUUAACUAUUUUUCUGACCUUAUUAGCAGUUUUGAAAUUCAAAUUGUCAGUAUAACUUUGUUUAUCUAUGUUUGAGAUCUUUUGGUCCGAUUUGGGUCCAAAAGGAUUCAACAGAAUUAGUUCUAUCUGCAUGAGGGAUGAGUUUUUAUGUCUGGUUAUCCCACAUUGUUGCAGGUGAAUAUUCAAUGUUUCACACAAUGUAUGGUAAUAAUAUUGUAUAUUGUGUUCAAUAAAAUCUGAAGCUACUUUUCUAUGAAGUGAUUAAAGACAAAGCAUGAACAUA